CGACCCCGGAGAUGGGCUCCGGCGACCUGUCCCCCGCGCUGUCGCCACCCGGCGCGAUGGAGCAAGCCCGGGGGGACGACGUCGAAGCCAUUCUUCGCAAGAGGAUUAUGGUGCUGGAUGGAGGCAUGGGGACCAUGAUCCAGCGGUACAAGCUAAGUGAAGAAAGCUUCCAGGGUCAGGAGUUUAAAGACCACGCCAGACCCCUGAAAGGCAACAAUGACAUUUUAAGUAUAACUCGACCCGAUGUCAUUUACCAAAUCCAUAAGGAGUACUUGCUGGCUGGAGCAGACAUCAUUGAAACAAAUACCUUCAGCAGCACGAGCAUUGCCCAAGCUGACUACGGCCUGGAGCACUUGGCCUACCGGAUGAACAAAUGCUCCGCACGCGUGGCCAGGAAAGCCGCAGAGGAGAUAACACUGCAGACAGGUAUCAAGAGGUUUGUGGCAGGAGCUUUGGGUCCAACUAAUAAGACCCUCUCCGUGUCUCCAUCUGUGGAAAGACCAGAUUAUAGGAACGUCACAUUUGACGAGCUUGUCGAAGCGUACCAGGAGCAGGCCAGAGGACUUCUGGAUGGUGGGGUUGACAUCCUGCUUGUUGAAACGAUUUUCGAUACCGCCAAUGCCAAGGCAGCUUUGUUUGCACUCCAGAAUCUUUUUGAAGAGAAUUAUGCUCCCCGGCCUAUUUUUAUUUCAGGCACAAUUGUUGAUAAGAGUGGGCGUACUCUUUCUGGACAGACAGGAGAGGCCUUUGUCAUCAGCGUGUCUCAUGCAGACCCACUGUGCAUUGGAUUAAAUUGUGCUCUGGGUGCAACUGAAAUGAGACCUUUCAUUGAAACCAUUGGAAAAUGUACCACAGCCUACGUCCUCUGUUACCCCAACGCAGGUCUUCCCAACACGUUCGGUGACUAUGAUGAAACACCUUCCAUCAUGGCCAAGCACCUGAAGGACUUCGCUGUAGACGGCCUGGUCAACGUGGUUGGGGGGUGCUGUGGGUCAACGCCAGAUCAUAUCAGGGAAAUUGCGGAAGCUGUGAAGCACUGUAAGCCUCGGGUCCCCCCUGCUGCAGUGUUUGAGGGACAUAUGUUACUGGCUGGUCUAGAACCCUUCAGGAUUGGACCCUACACCAAUUUCGUUAACAUUGGCGAGCGCUGUAACGUGGCAGGAUCCAGGAAGUUCGCUAAACUCAUCAUGGCAGGAAACUAUGAAGAAGCCCUGAGCGUUGCCAAGCUGCAGGUGGAAAUGGGAGCCCAGGUGCUGGACAUCAACAUGGACGACGGCAUGCUGGACGGGCCGAGUGCGAUGACCAGAUUCUGCAACUUCAUCGCUUCUGAGCCCGACAUCGCCAAGGUCCCCUUGUGCAUUGACUCAUCCAAUUUUGGGGUGAUUGAAGCAGGACUGAAGUGCUGCCAAGGGAAGUGCAUCGUCAACAGCAUUAGUCUCAAGGAGGGAGAGGAAGACUUCCUGGAGAAGGCCAGGAAGAUUAAGAAGUUUGGAGCUGCCGUGGUGAUCAUGGCUUUUGAUGAAGAAGGACAGGCAACUGAAACAGACAUCAAAAUUAAUGUGUGUACCCGAGCCUACCAUCUCCUUGUGCAGAAACUGGACUUCAAUCCAAAUGACAUCAUCUUUGACCCCAACAUCCUUACCAUUGGCACGGGGAUGGAGGAGCACAACCUGUAUGCUGUCAAUUUCACAGCCACGAGGGUCAUCAAAGAAACUUUACCCGGCGCGAGAAUAAGUGGAGGUCUUUCCAACUUGUCCUUCUCCUUCCGAGGCAUGGACGCCAUCCGAGAGGCCAUGCAUAGCGUCUUCCUUUACCACGCCAUCAAGUGUGGUAUGGACAUGGGCAUCGUGAAUGCCGGCAACCUCCCGGUGUACGAUGACAUCCACAAGGAGCUGCUCCAGCUCUGUGAAGACCUCAUCUGGAACCAAGACCCCGAGGCCACCGAGAAGCUCCUGCGCUACGCCCAGACUCACGGCAAAGGAGGGAAGAAAGUCAUCCAGACGGACGAGUGGAGGAGCGGCCCUGUGGAGGAGCGCCUGGAGUACGCGCUCGUGAAGGGCAUUGAGAAGCAUAUUAUCGAGGACACCGAGGAGGCCAGGCUGAGCCAGGACAAAUACCCCCGGCCUCUGAAUAUCAUCGAAGGGCCCCUGAUGAACGGCAUGAAAGUUGUGGGUGAUCUUUUUGGAGCCGGAAAAAUGUUUCUACCUCAGGUCAUCAAGUCGGCUCGGGUGAUGAAGAAGGCCGUGGGCCACCUCAUCCCCUUCAUGGAGAAAGAGCGAGAAGAAAGCAGAGCGCUCAAUGGCACUGUGGAGGAAGAGGACCCCUACCAAGGCACCAUCGUGCUGGCCACCGUGAAGGGGGACGUCCACGACAUCGGCAAGAACAUAGUGGGCGUGGUCCUGGGCUGCAAUAACUUCAGAGUUAUUGAUUUAGGCGUCAUGACUCCCUGCGACAAGAUCCUGAAAGCUGCCCUUGACCACAAAGCAGACAUAAUCGGCCUCUCAGGCCUCAUCACUCCUUCCUUGGAUGAGAUGAUUUUUGUGGCCAAGGAGAUGGAGAGGCUAGCGAUCAAGAUCCCGCUGUUGAUCGGCGGCGCCACCACAUCAAGAACCCACACUGCAGUGAAAAUAGCCCCCCGGUACAGCGCACCUGUGAUCCACGUCCUGGAUGCGUCCAAGAGUGUGGUGGUGUGUUCUCAGCUGUUAGAUGAAAAUCUGAAGGAUGAGUACUUUGAGGAAAUCAUGGAAGAAUAUGAAGACAUUAGACAGGACCAUUAUGAAUCUCUCAAGGAGAGGAAAUACUUACCAUUGAGUCAAGCCAGAAAAAAUGGCUUCCACAUCGACUGGCUGUCGGAGCCUCACCCAGUGAAGCCCACCUUCCUUGGCACCCGGGUCUUCGAGGACUACGACCUGCGGAAGCUGGUGGACUACAUCGACUGGAAGCCUUUCUUUGAUGUGUGGCAGCUCCGGGGCAAGUACCCCAACCGAGGCUUCCCCAAGAUAUUUCAGGACAAGACAGUGGGCGAGGAGGCCAGGAAGGUGUACGACGACGCCCGGGCCAUGCUGGACGUCCUGAUCGCCGGGCGGAAGCUGCAGGCCCGCGGCGUGGUGGGCUUCUGGCCCGCGCAGAGCGCGCAGGACGACAUCCACCUGUACGCCGAGGGGGCGGAGCCCCGCGCCUCGGAGCCCGUCGCCACCUUCCACGGCCUGCGGCAGCAGGCCGAGAAGGACCCCGCGGGCGCGGACCCGUACCUCUGCCUGUCCGACUUCGUGGCGCCGCUGCACUCGGGCGUGCCCGACUACCUGGGGCUGUUCGCCGUGGCGUGCUUCGGCGUGGAGGAGCUGAGCAAGGCCCACGAGGAGCAGGGCGACGACUACUGCAGCAUCAUGGUCAAGGCGCUGGGGGACCGGCUGGCCGAGGCCUUCGCCGAGGAGCUGCACGCGCGAGUGCGGCGGGAGCUGUGGGGCUACGGCAGCGGCGAGCAGCUGGGCCCCGCCGACCUGCGCCGGCUCCGCUUCCGCGGCAUCCGGCCCGCGCCCGGCUACCCCAGCCAGCCCGACCACACGGAGAAGCUCACCAUGUGGCGCCUGGCCGGCGUCGAGCAGGCCACGGGCAUUCGGCUGACCGAGUCCCUGGCCAUGGCCCCCGCCGCCGCCGUGUCCGGCCUCUACUUCUCCAGCCCGCACUCCAAGUACUUCUCCGUGGGGAAGAUCUCCAAGGACCAGAUCGCGGAUUACGCGCGGAGGAAGAGCAUGCCCGAGGCCGAGGCGGAGCGCUGGCUGGGGCCCAUUUUGGGAUACGACGUGGACUAACUGCCUCUCGCCUUCCUGCUCGCUGGCCUCAGGAGGCUGGGCCCCCGAGGGCCUCAGGAAGGGCAGCGAGGAACUGGGCCAUCCCGCCCGGCCGCACCCCGGCUUCCGCUGGGGGGGGGCCUGCGGGCGCUGGUUGGGCGGGGCUACCUCCCCCCCCUUCCACUUCCAGUGGAGGAGGGAGGAGUGGGGGCUCCCUGGAGACGGGUCUGCAUUUCAAAGCGGCUCAGCUAGCUGUGUUCCACUGUUGCCUUGGACCUAGAUGGGCACCCCCCAAAGAACCCCGAAACUCCGUUGUGCAGAGAAAGGUGUAGAAAACUGUGGAAAGGCGCCACUGUGAGAAAUGGGGCAUUCCCAUCCAAAUGGUUCCCAUAGCACACUCUUGACAGGGAAGAAAGCAUCCCCCCCCCCUCUCUCUUUUUCUCUCCCUCCCUCACUC